UGAGAUUGUGAAAUUUGAAAUUAUCAAUAUCAGAAACUAAAUCCGGAAACAAAUUCAUUGGAACACACCGACAGAUAGAACCCUGAGCUGAUUGAACCAUCGUUUAUAUUGUAUUGGACAAGAGGUUUAAACUCUAAGAUUAAGCAUCUCUAUAUGCUAAUAUUAGAUGAACAAAGAACCAGGUUUGGCUCUGGAUGAGUUUGUGCCAGGAUUAUUUGUCUCCUGUAAACCAGAACAAAGUUCUAUCUAGUUCCCCGGGACAGGAAGGAAAGCGGAGAAAGCUUUAUCCUCAGCCUAGUUCAGCUCCCAUCCCUAGUCUGUACUGUAUCCUGUAUCCUGUAUCCUGUAUAGACAAAUAUGUUGUUCAAAUAUAUCCUGCAUAAUCCGUGUAUAAUGUAGAUGCAACACAUUCAGAAUGUGGGUAUCCGGAUCUGGUGCUCUUCCAGGACCCGGAGAUAAACCCUGGAUGAAAACCUGGUUCGGAACCAAAACGUGAAAUUAUGUGAACUCUGAUGAAAACUUUAUCCAGUUAUACCUUCGUAUUAAUAAACUCGUGGAACCAAGACAGGACUAAGCUCCCUGCUGAGGAACAUGCUCAGGGUUUGGAGUGUUAAUUGUAUCUUGCUUCUCCAGGGUUUGGUUUUAGCUCAGGAUCUGCUGAACCUAGCUCACCCAGAUAUCUGUCCUUUGUCUGGUAGUCAACAGAUAAACAUCACGGAUACAUACCUCUCCUUGUACCUAGAUGGAAGAGAGGAGCAGACACUGCCAAGAAAGUGCACUAUGCACCUCAGUGCGCCCUUGAACCACGGGCUCAUGGUUUACAUAGAGGAUAUGUAUCUCAGGGGGGGAGGAGAGCAGGGUUGCGUGGAUACAGUUCAGUUCGGAGUAGAGGAUAAAAUACCGUUCGUCACGUUUAAAAAGACGAAGAAACUGUGCGGAGCGUUGACAGAUUGGACCUGGGACGUAGAGGACGGAGGAUUAAUAAUUUGGCUGAAUUUGGAGAAAAAUCGUCCUCAAUACCACAGAGAAACCUUCCCUGUCGUAAAACUGAAAAUUGUGAUAACGCAAUACAAGAAACAUCAAGAAGAAAGAUAUGAGAGUUGUUCCACCAAGCAUAGGUUUAUACCUAAACAAUUCUUCUGUGACGGAGAAAUUAAUUGUCCAUUAGACCCAGGUCCUCGGGAUGAAUCUCCAGAUAUAUGUAUGAGUACUACAGUUCCACCAACCCAACCUUCACCCUCUCCAACCAUCACUGAAUACACAGAAGAAGGUGGACACGAUGAGGAUUUGAGGCUUAAACAAAUUAUAAUAAUUGUAUCACUAGGAGUACUAGUUAUACUAGCAUAUUGUGUGGUUGUGUGUGUCCGUCAAUGGAGCGGAGUUCCAGAAUCUUCUAGUCCUAGACGGUCAGAUUGCCAGUCAAUCAGACUAUCUGGACUCCCGAUAUCCGAGAACCGAGAGAGUCGGAGAAGUGGGACGGAGCGCGGAGUAGAACUGUCAACUAUCCAACGUACUCCGGAGGAAAUACGUCCCGUCUCCCAUACUCCUCCUCCUGCCUAUGAUGAUAUAUUUCCUAAAGAAUAUGUUUACAAUAUAAAUGCAACGAAUUCGAGCUCAGAAUAAAGUGCUUCCAAUGGCCGGCUCUCUUCCUCUCUCUUCAGCGUACAGUGUUCAGUGUACAAUGUGAAAUAUACAUACUUUGUUGUCUGUGCACAACUUUAAAUUAUACAUAUUUUAAACCAAA